AUGAGCCCUCGUCGAUCCUCUCGUGCCCGCUCGUCCCAGCUACCCUCCACCUCCACCUCCACCGCCUCCCAAAACAACAACAACAACCACACCUCCUCCUCCAGCACCUCACACAACUCCAAACCGGACCACCGAGAUAGUCGUACGAUCAACCGUACAAACUCCCCAAGGAGAGCUUCCAUCCAUCGAUCCGAGUCGGCUGAUGCGGGAGAUUCGAUGUCUCGUGCCGAGCAGCUGGCUCCACGCCGGAGCAGAAGGAAUGGCGAAGACAAAGAACCCGCUGUCAAACAACAAGUCGAAGAUGAGGAUGAAGAUGUCGAGGGGGAGGCGGCCGAAGAGGAAAUUACUCGCUGUAUAUGUGGACAAGCGGAAUACCCUGGCCCCUCGACCAGCUUACGACAGCAACAGCCUGACCCUGACGCCCUGACUGACGACACGGGUAACUUUUUUGUCCAGUGCGAUAAAUGUGGUGUUUGGCAACAUGGAGGUUGUAUGGGCUUGCUGGACGAAUCUAUGCUGCCUGAUGAGUACUAUUGUGAACAGUGCAAACCAGAGUUUCACAAGAUCACCAGGAGCUCCAGUGGACCGAAAUCUUCUCGGUACCUUCCGGUGCUCGAAGCAGUAUCUACCAGAUCCUCUCCUCUCACAUCGGCCUCGGAAAUAUCUCGCAAGAAAGAUGGUAAAAGUAAUAGACAAAAUGAGAGCACAAAGAGAAGAGCAACCAUGAACAGCAGGGGCGCGUACGACGAAGAUGAAAUGUUGAGGAGAGCCAUCGAAGAGAGUAAAGAAAUGGGCACUCUGGGAAAGAGAACGCGGGAGGAUAUAGAAGAUCACAAGAUCAAUCCCAAACGACAACGGACGGGGUCAAAUGCCUCGUCGACUCUUUCAAAGCAGAGCAACUCUCCAGAUCCUGGUGCGGACGAUGCCAACGGUAAAGGUGGUGGCAGCAGAAACAACAAGUCAAGAGGAGCAGCGGCGCGCAGCAACCGGGAGAAGGAAAUGCGUGAAAAGCAAAAAGAGCAACAAGCGGCCCAGCGUGCCGAAGCUGCCAGCAAGAGAAAUGCUCGAUCAGAACGAAGAAGAGGAGAGGACUCUCCCCCACCUACUCCGAGCAUCUCUCCCUCUAAAGCUGCACAAGCCAAUGGCAAAAAAGCAGACACGCCUCCUUCAGGUAGAUCGAACAACAGCCGCAGGAAUCCCAAAGUAGCUGCGACUCGAAGAGGAAGACUGGGCAGAAAUCAAUACAGUCGAGAUCACGCCAACGGUGAAGAUGGCACUCCUGCACGAGAUGGACCCCAUGAUACCAAUGGCAGCGGGGGGUCACCGUCUGGCACCAACGGUAUCCACGGUGAAAGUGGACGCAGUUCAAAGGCAAAGACACAUCCUGCCAGAACUAGUCUGAAUGAGAUGAGACGGCGUGUUGCUGCCAUUCUGGAGUUUGUUGGACACAUGCAGACGGAAAGGAACGCACGAUCACAACCGUCGAGUGCAAGCUCCAAGGGAGCGAGCACGCCGAAUGGAGUCAAGGAUGCGAGUGCUUUGCCGACUGCUACUCUGGUUCGCGCGGUCGAGGCUGGUUUGAAGGAGGCAAGCUCGACGGAUGAGGAGUCGGGAUUGAACAUGAUGGAUCAAAAGGAGUUUGGGGUCAUGGGAAGUCAGGACAUGAUGGAGACUCUGACCAAGGAAUUGGUCCAGUGGCAGAGUGUCUAUGGCGUUUACUCGCGAUGA